AUGAUGGAUGCUUUGGAUGGCCGCGGCUACGUGACUACGCCGCCCCUUCCAGCAUCUUCUCCAGGGUGUGUUGAUAUGAUGGACAUGUCGCCGUUGCCGCACAAGGUUCCAUUCACAGCCCACGUUGAGCUCCCCUCGCCGACUCCUGGUUCAGACGAUAUGAUGGCAGAGAGCCCGAUACCCCGUCCAGCUUCCAUCCAACCGACGAAGCCUGUUGCGGCCGAGCGCAAACGGAUCGGGCUUCGGCGUCCUUCCCUCACCCGUACUAAAGGGUUUACUGCUAUUGGCACGAUCGGACGACCUCAGGGAGAGAGUCAGCCUCCCCCGUUUCGCUUUGGAGCUGGUGGGGAUGGCCAUCUCGGCGUUUCUCCUGCUUCGUCCCUGUCGCUCAGCGAGUGUUUUGAGGACUCACCGCCACAGGAGCGCCGUCCCAGGAGUGCGAACAGCCCGUGUGCUUCCAUGGCCACCUCUCGGCCGAAGGCACUCUUCAACAGCCUUAAUUCCACAAGUGGAUCGCGCAACGGAUCGCCCAUCACGGGCCAAGGGAGACGGUCAGCUAACCCGUUCCUCCGCCCCCGGAAGCAGUAUCGACGAUCGUUGAGCAUGUUUGAGAACCCCGGCGAUGUCGUCGCUCCUAAGAAGGAUGGGCCAGCGUUUGCCUGCUCGGCCUUGCAAUCUGUGAUGGACCUUGAGGAACAGAACGAGCCAAUCCUGCCCCACUUCUUCCCAGAGGACGAGUGUGACAACAUUCCCCGCAUCUCGCGUGAGACAAUGCUCGAGGUUCUGGACGGGAAGUUCAGCGGCCAGUACGACCACAAGAUGAUCAUCGAUUGCCGCUUUGAGUACGAGUAUGAGGGAGGCCACAUUAACGGGGCCAUCAACUACAACGACAAGGAGCUGCUUGCUGGACAACUAGUCGACAACCCAAUGCAGGGCCGCACGCUUCUCAUCUUUCACUGCGAGUAUUCCGCCCACCGGGCUCCAAUCAUGGCCAGGCAUGUUCGUUCCCGCGACCGAAACGAGAACGCGGCCCAUUAUCCCAAGCUGUUUUAUCCGGAGAUCUACAUUCUCGACGGCGGCUACAGCGGCUUCUUCGCCGAGCAUCGCGAGCGAUGCUACCCACAGGCCUACGUGGAGAUGAACGCCGCCGAGCACGUUAACACCUGCGAGCGGGAGAUGAACCGACUGCGCCAGGGCCGCAGGGGUCUGGGCCGUGCUCAGACAUACGCGUUUGGUCAACAAGACCCAGGCCUUCAGGACUCCCCGACCGCCCCCAGCCGUGGCGGCUCUCGUGAGCGUGAACUCUCAGAGAUGCUCGGGGCCUCUCCUUGCCUCGGUUCCAGCCGUGGACCCGCGCGCCGCAUGGCAUCUUAUUAA